GAAGAUUCCGUGUCUUAUUACUCCAGCAUCGCAGCAUUUUUUUCUUUUAAUUUUGCUUUAAAAAUUUGGCAACACUUUGAGGAACUGUAUAAAAUCUUCCAUGUUGUCUGUCAGAAAUUAGAAAUUUAAUUCAAAAUGUCUCUCGUAAUUCCGGACAAGUUUCAGCACAUUCUGCGUGUCAUGAACACGAAUAUUGAUGGGAGACGUAAGGUCAUGUUUGCCCUUACAGCAAUAAAGGGGGUAGGUCGUCGUUUCUCCAAUUUAGUUUGCAAAAAAGCCGAUGUGGACUUGAACAAAAGGGCUGGUGAAUUGAGUGAAGAAGAGGUUGAAAAACUAAUCACCAUUAUGUCCAACCCUCGUCAGUACAAGAUCCCAGAUUGGUUCUUGAACAGGCAAAAAGAUAUCAAAGAUGGAAAAUUCAGUCAAGUUACCUCCAACAGCUUGGAAAACAAACUUCGUGAAGAUCUUGAACGUCUAAAGAAAAUCAGAGCUCACAGGGGCUUGAGACAUUAUUGGGGCCUCCGUGUUAGGGGCCAACACACCAAGACUACUGGCAGGAGAGGAAGGACUGUUGGUGUGUCCAAGAAGAAGGGUUAAACUGUUGCUGUUUGUGUAUUUAACUUUCCAAUAAAAUAAAUUGCUAUUC